AACUGGUUCAUGAAUAUGAAAUCCCCAUUGAUAUAUGAGCUCUGACAUGCCAUAAGUUCAGUUUAAAGAUCAGUAAUGUGUCAUUUCCUUUAAAAAUAUUUUGGACAUGGGUGCAUAUCCUUUCUGUAUAACCAGAAUGGAAGUUGUAAUGUAUUAAGCAUGAUUUUAAAUAUUAUUUUAUUGUCUGUCUCUCCCCCCCCCCUCUUUUCAUUCAUUGCUUGCGUAAAAGGAACACAGUUCCUUUUUCUGCAAUCUUUCUGUAAAGCUGGUGUCACUUUCUAGUAGCGUUUUUCCACAGUUUUAUUUCUAAGUAGAUUCUACUUACUGUGUGGAGUUUUCUUUCCUGCUAUUGUUCCAUCAAACUGUCAUAUAAGCAAUUUGCUUAAAGACAAUCUUGUGCAAUGUGGAUGGACUGUUAGAAGAUUCCAAUAUGAAAGUAGUUCACAGGAUAGUUUUUGAACAAACUGUGUAAAAGACUUUUUUCCACACGUGUGAAUGGACAUUGUUUAAAACCCAUCUUGUGGAUGCAAAAUAUCAUAUCUAAGCUGGUUGUGUCCUGCCAACUUGGAGGAAUAUUGAGUUUUAGGAAUAAAUACAACUAAACCUCUUGAUUCUGUAUUCAUGUCUCUUAUUUGCACAUUAAUGCGUUUCAGUUGUACACAUUGUCUCAAAUGUAUCUGCUGUUAAAUUUUACAGACAUGAUGUUUUGGAAAGGAAGAACACCUCUUUAAAUGCCACUAACUUUGUUAAUCCAAAGGCAAGAUAAUCAUAGAAUCCAGUUAAGUUCCAGCUUCACUAGAAUAGAUUGGGUUAACUUUCCGUGCAACAUCCCAAUAUCUGCUGAAUGUUGGUUCUAACCAAUAUCCAUAUUUCAUAGUGGUCAGUAUUGAAGAGAAAAGAUUAACAAUUAAAAAGGCAAAAGAAAGAAGUGUUUCCAGGCAGUGCAGAUGCUAACACAUAUCCAAACAUUUAAGAAAUAUGGAAACACAAAAGUACAUUAUCUUUUGGGUGACCAAAAAAACAUGAAAUGUACAAGUGAUCCUCCCCUGCAGAUAGAAACUUUAUAGAAAUAUUAAAAUAUAUUCACAUUGCAGAUUUAAAAAUCCUAAGUUAUUUUGUAGAUACCCAUCUUAUGUAGACACAAAAGAUUGGGGGAAAUUUGUUUGCAAUACUUCUAGCAGCUAUAUAGUCCAAUAUCUCUUUCUGCAAUUAACCAAAUACUUUGGAAAAUAAAGUGCAAGGCUUUCCAUCCUUGAACAUGAGUUUAUAUUGUUUAUAUAUGAAUCAGAUUCAUUUCUCUGUUGCAGAAUUUUCUUUUACAUUGCACUUGCUCACAAAUGUAUUAAGAAAAUGGACAUACAUAUUUUUGGUUGCUUUAGUGUCUGCCAGGACUCGAGGACAUCCAGAGUCUCAUCUAACCCAUCGUUCAAUUACUUUUUUGGAAGCCUGGUAGAAACCCCACAUGUUGUUCAGACAUUUCCUUCGCCCCCACAAAUAUAGAUUUGCUGGGAUUGCCAAUACCAAUAUUUAGAUAGGUGUGAAAAUUAAAAUUUUGGAAUUAUCGGUAAGUAACAUCAGUUAAGUCAUUAAUAUUAUUACUUCUUGAUUUGGAAGACACUAAAGUAUGUGCAAGCUACCAGUUUCAAAUAUGCAUAUUUGAGAGAGUGCUCUGAUUUUUGUUAUUUAUUUACUACAUAGAGCUAUUUUGUAUUUUAGGUGGAGAAGAAAGAUAUAGAAAAGGACCAGAUGCAGACCUGUAGCUGGAAAAUUGUAAUUAAUUGCUUUCAAUUACCCAGUGGUGCAGUUCCAUUGUCAGGAUAUAAGGUAACUUCAUUUAGGAAAAUGAAACAUAAUCAAAGCUGCUGUCGAACACCUCCCACUAUUACCAUUCAUAUAAAACCAAGUGAAUCUAAAUCAUAUCAACAAAAAAAGACACUUGCCCUUAAGCGCCCAAAAUUUAAAGACUGCCGGGAGACCUCUGGAAAAAAAAAAAAUUAUAAUAUUAAGCCAAAACAAUCAAAAGGUUCAUGUUUAAUUAUUCAGCGUCAGGAAAUGACAGCUUUCUUUAAACUAUUUGAUGAUGAUUUGAUACAAGAUUUCUUGUGGAUGGACUGUUGCUGUAAAAUUGCAGACAAGUAUCUUUUGGCAAUGACUUUUGUUUAUUUCAAGAGGGCUGGCUAUAGUAUAAACGAACACACCAGGCUUAAUUUCUUUGUUGCUCUAUACCUUGCAAAUACAGUUGAAGAAGACGAUGAAGAGUCAAAAUAUGAGAUUUUCCCAUGGGCUCUAGGAAAAACCUGGAGAAAAAACUUCCCAGAUUUCUUGGCUUUGAGGGAUGAAUUGUGGAGUAAGAUGGGUUAUAGAGCUAUAGUAAGCAGACGUUGCUGUGAAGAGUGUGCCAAGCUCAGAUGGAUAACAAGAAAUAGCAGGACGAUUUGGACAUUAAGCAAACUGAAGCGAGUCAAAUGCUGCAGGGAGGCUGGAAACAAUAAUGUCCUUUAUCAGCCUCUCAAAACAUUUCAUAAUGAUGGAUUGAUCCUGACAUUCAUUUAUACCAACAAGAUUUGGAAGGUGUCAGCAAAUAUUAACAAGAGACUUGAUAUCUUCCAACAAGAUGCUUUCACUGAAUCCUAAAGAUUCACUAUUUCGACCAUAUUACUAAUGAAGAAGUGCUCCAAAAGUGUUUCAGCAUGCAAAAACACUCGAGCUUGCAGAUCACGUUCUCCAUGCAUAGAUUAUGACCUGGCGAAGAACAUUCAUGGAAAACAUCACAUGGGAAGAUGCUGAAGUACUUGCCCAAGACCAAAAAUGCUUGAGAUUCCUUGCUUCCCUAUAUGCUACACAGCACAGGAGGAUCUAAUGCUAAAAAAAAAAAAAAAGGAAAUGUGCUGUUUUGCCUACAGGUAAUGCUCAAGUUACAAAUGUACAAAUAGAGUCUGCCAAUUACAUUCAGAACCUGAGAAUUUGUUCAUUGGAUCAUCACAUAUGUGAUCCCUUCCUGCUUUCCACAACACAUUCAUUAAUCGAAUGCACAGGUUGUUAAGUACACAUGAGAUAAUCUCAGAGUGGAGAAGACCAUGGGGGCGUAGUGCAGGCCACUUACUUCCAACCACCCAAAGUCUUCCCUCGCCCACUGAGAUAUCUUAUACUCUGCUUACAAUCCCCUGGGAUACCCAUAUUUGCUCCCCUCCCCAUCCUGUCCCACCGGGUCUCCACAGGCACUGGGCCUGUUUUGCGAGCCCACCAGAUUCCACUUGCUCCACCCUACCUCAAUAUCUCUGGAGAUCUUAUUUUUUGAAGAUCUCCAGUUUCAGAAAAGGCUGGCCCACAUGGCACAAAAGCAGCCACCUUUUACUCAGAUGCUGGUGAAGCUGUCACAGAUAGUGGGGCAUGGAAUGAAGCUGUCAGGACUUCCCUAAGUGCUCCAUGCAACCUCUCUUCUACACUUUUGAUUUUUUGGUUCAUCUUUUUCCCAACAUAGAUGUAGCAUUCAUUGAAAGUGGUGCCUGCCCCUUCACUUUCUCUUGCUCUAUACUUAUUAGACCAAUUUUGCUAAUGAAUAGCAGUUUUUUGAUGUUUUAUAAUUAUGUUCUUGUUAAUUAAGAAAAUGAAUCUUGCCCACUAGCCUUCAUAAUUUCUGUGCACUGUUUGCUAUAUGAUAGUUCCGAUGCAAUCCUUUCUGAGAUAAGAGUCUUUGAUACAGGUAAUGGCAAUUGCCUCAACACAUUAUGUAUGGCAGCGGGAACGCUCUCUUUACCAUAGUGGAGCUAUAAGAAACAGUUGCAGAAACAAAGUA